UAAAAUAUUACUCCCAGAAAUGCUCAUUCCACAUGCCUGCCAGAUAGAUAAUGAGAUAAUGAGCCUACAGAAAGUUUGGCUCCGUUCACAAGCAUCACUACGGGUCCGGUCUGGUAUGCCAGAUUUUCACCACCUCUUCUGGCAAUAACCGGACAGGACCGGGAGGAACCCAUCACUGUUGGGGGGGGGCAACUUUAAGGGCUUCAGGGCACCUUCCCUGAAGGAGGGGGAGGGGCUAUAAUGCACACACCCCCAAGAGCCCCUCCCUGUGGAGGAGGAGCCAAUGAGCAGCUUUCCCUUCCAGGCUCGGCAAAGGGAAGAGCCCCAUGGCGGCCUCAGGGGAGCAGAGGGCCUUGGGGCAGCUGGGCCAGGAGGCCACCUGCCCACUCUGCCUGGACUUCUUUGAACGGCCGAUGGUCCUGUCCUGCGGGCACAACUUCUGCCACCACUGCCUGGCCCAGCGGGGCACUAGGUUUUCCUGCCCCCAGUGCAGAGCCCAGAUGAACUCCAGCAGCGCCUGCCCCAAACUGACCCUGGCUAGCAUCGCCUGCCGUUUGAAGGGGCUCCGGAUGUCACAGGGGGCCCAGGAGGAGAGCAAUGGCCACCGGCUGUGCCAGGAACACGGGCAGCCCCUGCAGAGCUCCUGCUCCAGCGAGGAGAGACUCCUCUGCCCCGGCUGCCGGGGGGCACCAGGGCCACCCCCUCCUCCCUCUCGGUGGGAAGUGUCCGUGGAGGAGGAAGACUGUGUCCCUGUGGGGGGCAGAGCACGGUGGGCCAUCGGGAGGGCCAAGGAGUCCGUCCGAAGGAAGGGGAGCUUCCAGCUGAGCCCCCAGGAGGGAAUCUGGGCCCUGGGGAAGAGGGUUGGGUGGGGGGAGAUGAUCGCUUUCUCCAAGGAUCCGCAGAAGGUGAUCUUGCGAAGGGCACCGCGGAGGCUGUGGGUGAGGCUGGGCUACGAGGCAGAAACGGUGGAGUUCCUGGAUGCGGAGACGGAAAUUUCCCUCUACACCUUCCAGACGGGGCCCCUCCUUGGGGAGACGCUCCGGCCCUUUUUCUAUGGGGGCCCGAAGAGAGUCACCCUUCAAUGGGAGGAAAAUCCACCUGCUACAAAAGGGUUCAUGUAG